AUGUCUCGUGUUCGUGGGAAAGUAAAGAUCCAAUGGAUCGUUGACAAGAGUAAGCGGGAGGCGGCGUUCCGGAAGCGUCGCGCCACGCUGCUCGAAAAGGCGCAGGAGCUCUCCAUCCUCUGCGACGUCCCCGUGGCCGCGGUUGUGUACGGCCCCGGUGAGCUCGACCCGACGGUCUGGCCAUCGGUGCCUGAGGCCACGGCCAUCCUGCAGAGGCACGCGAACGUGCCUGACUCCUUGAAGGAGAAGAGCACGCUGGAUUACGAGGGCUUCCUGCGCCAGCGCAUCCAGAAGCUGAGCAAGAAGGCAGAAAACGACAGGAUCGCCACCCGCGACGACGAGAUCAACAUCAUCCUCAACGACAUAGGCCUCGGUCGCCGCCGCAACAUGGACAAUCUGUCCCCCGAGGUCGCCGCCAACGUCAAGUGGGUGCUGCAGAUGCGGAUGAAGACCGUUGGCGACUGCAUCAACUUCCUCCGCUCGGAGGGCGCACCAGCAGCGCUUUCCCCGCCGCGACUGGAAGCUGCGCUUGUGACGGCGUCGCAGGAGCCACCACUAUCUAUGGCCCCGAUGGUGGCGGACGCACCGCUUCUGCUGCCGAUGCCGCCGCAAUCUGCGCUGGUGGGGGCGCCGCAGGAGCCACCGAUGGUGCCACCUCUUGCGAUGGCGCUGAUGGUAGCUGUCGCGCCGCCUGUGCUUCCGGCGGUGGAGCCUCAUCCUGCCGCUGCUGUUGUGGGUGUGAAUGCGCCCAUGGACCUUGACGGCGAGCCCCAACACGGAAGCUACCUUCUUGAAAUGAUAGACGCCAUCAUGGACGAUGGCGUCCAGGCUACAGGAGAGGACGUGGACCGUAUCCUGAAGGAGCACGGUCUCUUCAACCUCAAGCCUAUGUGA